AUGGAAAGUAGUAGGCUGGGUAAUACUCAAGUCACAAAAGGAAUCUGUAGGGACAUAGGUUGCAGUAUGGGUGGAAAUGGCAUUAGAGCUUUGGUUAGAGCUGUUGUGUCUUUGGGUGUUAUUCUGUUUCUUCUGGUCGGUAUCUUAGCAAAGUCUGCACCAAGGGUUUCAUCAACAGAAAAUGUCAAGACGUUGCGGUUUAAUGGUAAGGAUGUGAAUCUGUUUCAUGUGAGCAAGCGAAAAGUUCCAAAUGGACCUGAUCCUAUCCACAACAGGAAAGCAGAAACUUCAAGACGACCACCACGAGUAUGA